GGGGGGGCGUGCUGGGGGGACUGGCCUUUAGGCCCUGCGCGGAGAUUAACGUUCCUCCUCCGCCUCCGCCUCCGCCCUUCAGAGGCCCAGAAGAGCAGGGAGAAGGCCCAGCGGAAGGGGGACCAGGAGGAAGAAGCUGCCCUCUGCAACCGGCUGGGGGAGAUCUUGGCGCGGCAUGGACGCUUCCAGGAGGCACUGGAGGAGCACAGGCUGGAGCUGCAGCUCCUGGAGAGCGUUGACGACGUCAUCGGCUGUGCUGUUGCCCACCGGAAAAUUGGGGAGUGCUUGGCUGAGCUGGAGAGCUACGAAGCUGCCCUGAAGCACCAGCGCCGCCAUCUGGAGCUGGCCUGCUCUCUCUCCAAUCACGUUGAGCAGCAGAGGGCUUGGGCUACCAUUGGCCGUACCUACAUGUUCAUGGCCGAGAGUGACCAGUCGGGGGAGGCCCUGCAGCAGGCAGAGAGAGCCUUCAUGAAGAGCCUGGCUGUUCUGGAGGAUAAGCUGGAAGGGGAAGUGCCACAGCGGGAGGUGAGCGAGAUGAGGGCAAGGCUCUACCUGAACCUUGGCUUGAUCUAUGACAGCCUGAGGAACUCAGACAUGCGCACAUCCUACAUCAAGAAGAGCAUCUACAUCUCAGAGCAGGCCCACCUGCAUGAAGACCUCUUCCGAGCUUACUUCAACCUGGGCAACAUCCACCUGCGGGAGAAGGAGCAUUCCAAGGCCAUGCGCUGCCUGGAGCGCGCCCGGGAGUGUGCCUGCAAGAUGAAGGAGAAGUACAUGGAGAGUGAGUGUUAUGCCAGCAUUGCCCAGGUGCUGCUGGGCCUGGGGGACUUCGUGGCUGCCAAGCGAUCCCUGAAGAAGGCCUACCUCCUGGGCUCCUGGCAGCCCCAGCAGCGGGACAGCAUUGGCCGCAGUCUGCGCUAUGCCACGAAGGUGAGCCGCUUGCAGCGAGCCCUGGAAGGCGCAGAGGUGGCUGGCAACCUGCAGGCAGCUCUGGGCCUGUGCGAGCAGCUGGGAGACCUGUUCUGCAAGGCAGGGGACUAUCGGCGGGCCGUGGAAGCCUACGACAAGCAGCUCGGCCAUGCCCAGGCCUUGGAGCGUCCAGAGCAGGAGCUGGCUGUGAUUCACGUCUCUUUGGCGGCAACCUUUGGGGACCUCAAGGAGCAUGCCCGGGCGGUGCAGCAUUACCAGGCAGAGCUGGCCCUGCGGCGCGGGAAUCCCCUGGAGGAGGGGAAGACAUGGCUGAACAUUGCCUUGACCAAAGAUGAGGCUGGAGAGAGUUACCAGGAGUUGGAGCCCUGUUUCCAAGCUGCUCUGCAGCAUGCACGGAGGGCCAGCGACCCCAAGCUGGAGCAUCAGAUCCUGCGGCACUUCCAUGCCUCUCAGCAGAGGUGUGGUUGCCUGGCAGCGGCAGCAGACACAUUAGCCAGGCUGCAGGCGCUCUGUGCCUCGCAGGGCUGGCACUCAGAUGGGGAGAGCAGUGAGGAAGAGGAGCUGCAGAACGGCGAACCCUUGGAAGCAAGCGACUUGGAGCUCUCCGACAGUGAUGAAGAGGAUGACAUGGAAGGCUAUGGCAAAACAGUCCCUGGACGGCGCAGGAUCAACAAGUGGAACCAGCGGAAUGACAAGGGUGAGACUUUGCUGCACCGUGCCUGCAUUGAAGGGAAUCUGCGGCAAGCACAGUAUUUUGUGGAGAAGGAGCACCCUCUCAACCCUCGGGAUUAUUGUGGAUGGACCCCUCUCCAUGAGGCUUGCAACCACGGGCAUCUAGAGCUUGUGCGCUUGCUCUUGGACCACGGCGCCGCCAUCGAUGACCCCGGGGGGCCUGGCUGUGACGGCAUCACCCCGCUGCACGAUGCCCUCAAUUGCGGCCACUUUGACGUGGCUGAGCUCCUGAUCCAGAGAGGCGCCUCGGUGCUGCUGCGCAACGCCAUGGGCCUGAGCCCCUUGGGCACCCUCCAAGCCUGGAUGCAGCUCUAUGGAAAGGAUCUGGACCAGGAAACCCGGGAGUGUUGCAAAGCCAUGGAGAGCUUGCUCCGGAAGACCAUGGCAGGCCAAGGCUCCAGGCCCCAGCCCCCCCGAGGAGAGCCGGCCAGCCAGCUCUUUGACGCAGAGCUCUCAGAGCACCAGGCACCCUGUCCUCCGGGCUCAGCUCUAGAACCCCACGGCACUGGGCACAGCCAUCGGGAAGCAGAGGAGGACUGCAUGGCUCCGCUACGGCCGGUCAAGAAGAGGCAGCGGCUGCUUGACCAGGCGCUGGCGGGGGAGGCAGGGCUAGCUGCCCCUGCAGAAUAUCAGGUCGCCGUGCUUGGGGUGGGUAGUGCCCACUUCCACCUCCCUCUGAGCCCAGAGCGCAACAAGGCCCCCUCCAGGCCAGCCCUGAUCCCCUUGCAGGAGUACGUGGGGGACAACUGGCUGGAGGACGACCUGGGGCCGAGCGCGGGCUCCCGCAAAAGGAGCCGCCGGAGCCCAGCAGAAGCCUGGGGCUCUGAGUUGGGGCCAUGCCCGGUGCCCAGGAACGAAGGGGAGGCCACCAGGAAGAGGAGGAGACGCGUCCGACAGAGUCGCCUCACCCAGAUCGUAGACCGGACCCUGCUGGGGAGGAGCCGAGGGGCUGGCAUGGCACAAAGACCAGAGCCUGCUGCUGAGGCCCACAGCCCUCUGGAAGCAGCUGCCAGCAGUCCGAUGGGGGAUGAAGAAGGCCCACCGUCAGGGGUAACGCAGCUGCCCUCGCCGCCUGUCCGGGUGCGUGUCCGGGUGCAGGACAGCGUCUUCCUUAUUCCCGUGCCACAAAGUGACGGCGAGACCCGUCCGGUCUCGUGGCUGGCAGAGCAAGCUUCCCAGCGCUACUAUCAGACCCGCGGGCUCUUGCCUCGCCUGACCCUGCAGAAGGAGGGCGCUCUCCUGGCUCCUCAAGACAACGUGGUGGACGUCCUGCAGAGCAACGAGGAGGUAUUGGCUGAAGUGCAGUCCUGGGACCUGCCGCCCCUCGUGGAGAGGUACCGCAAGGCCUGCCGGAACCUGGCUGCGGGAGAGCAUCCGUUACUUGUGAAGCUAUUGGAAUGGCAGGAAUCGGGUUUAUCCUUCCGUGUCUCUGGCAUGGCUUUGCGUCACCAGCACCUGGGCCCUCUCCUGUGGGCGCUCAAGCUGCAAACUUCCGUCCGCCAGCUGUGCCUCUCUGGAACCGGCCUGGGUGACGACUCUGCUGAAGAGCUCCAGGCCACCCUGAGUACCAUCCCUGGGCUGAAGCUGCUGGAUCUCUCGGCCAACCAGCUGGGCCCCGACGGUGUACGCAGGCUGGCUGCAGGCCUUGCCGGUUCAUUUACCUUCCAGAACUUGGAAGAGUUGGAUCUCAGCUUGAACCCGCUGGGUGACAGCAGCUCCCAGGCUCUGGCCUCGCUGGUUCAGGCUUGCCCUGUUCUGAGCACACUUCGAUUGCAAGCCUGCGGCCUUGGCUCCACCUUCCCGGAGCCCCACUACCUCCUGCUGGCCAACGCCUUGAAAGGAGCUGUGCACCUCAAGCGACUGACUCUGUCCCACAAUGCACUGGGUUCCCGUGGCCUUGGGGUGCUGCUGAAAAGCCUGCCCUGUGAAUCGCUCACCCACCUCGAGAUCGGCUCAGUGGAGCCCAGGGCGGGGGACCAGCCGCAGCUGAGGGAUGCAGUGGUCAGGUAUCUGGCGCAGGAAGGCUGCGUUCUUACCCACCUGGGAUUCUCUGGGAAUCACCUCAACGACAGCGACGUUUCAGAGCUAGCUAGGAGCCUCCCCACAUGCCUGUCCUUAGUCUCGCUGGACUUGUCCACAAACCCUGCAGUCGGCAUUGUUGGUCUCCGGACGCUGUUACUCGCCCUGGAGGAGAGAAAGCAGGGCCUCCAGUUCCUUAGCCUGGCUGGCUGCUCUGUCCGUGGACCCCUGGAGAAGAUCACAUGGACAAAGCUGUCCUCCCUGGUGCGUCAGCUGCAACUCUGCAGUCGGCAACUAAGCAGAAGCGAUCAGUGGGAGGCCGCUGAACUGUGGCCCAGCCCAGCCAACACCUCCCGUCACUCUGUCACACGUCACCACAAGCUGUUCUACCAGUCUGCAGCACAGGCACCCUGAAGAUGGAGGUCAGCCCAUCAAGGACCGAGGAGUUGGGGACGUGGCUGCGUACCGCUACCGCCCUCCACAGGACCAGUACGGAUGAUUCUCAGUUGAAAGCGAGUAGCAGCACAACAAACUCAAGACAGCCAAUGAGUUAAAGACAAGCCAUUAUAGCUGUGGAUGGAUGUGACGCUGACUUGUGUGACUGAGAACUUUGUGCCUGCAGAGAGUGUUUGGUUGGGAGAAAAAGCACCCCCGUCUUCUCCGUGGACAAAGCUGCUGCUUUUAACUAAUAAUUCUUGUAAUACUGUCCCCUUGCUUUGAACUGUCCCAUAUUUAUUGAAGGCCGGGGCUUUUCUUGCGCUGGCAGUAAGCAGAGACAGGAAGGGCUGCAGGCCUUCCCUGUUUAAGCAGGGGGUGGGGAGGUGGAGGCGAAAGCUUAUGUGCGGCCUUGAGGAAGGAAUGGUGAACCAUCUCUGAAUAAAUCUGAUAGAUGCUA